UCCUGUUACCUGGUUACCCUCAUCACUAAUUCAACAUCAGACCCAGCACGGGGCAGCUGUGUGUGUGUUCUGGCCAGACAGCAUGCAGAAGGGCUCGGGGAAAAAGUGUGAAGACGGACUGAUGCAGGACGGAGACGCCAUGAGCCCACAAACGCAGGACUCAAAGAACUCGACUGGGGAGGAGGAAAGCAGUGUGGUGCCCUCUGCUCCACCAUUACCUACUUCACCCCCUUCUCCACCGUGCCAGAGACCGAAAUUGAUAUUUCACACUCAGCUUGCUCAUGGAAGUCCUACAGGCCGCAUUCAUGGCUUCACCAACGUAAAAGAGCUCUAUGCCAAGAUCGCAGAGGUUUUCAACAUUUCUCCCUCUGAGAUCCUCUUCUGCACUUUAAAUUCACACAAAGUGGACAUGCAGAAGCUGCUGGGGGGGCAGAUCGGCCUCGAGGACUUCAUCUUUGCUCACGUCCGAGGAGAAACCAAAGAGGUGGAGGUCACUAAAACAGAGGACGCCCUUGGCCUGACCAUCACCGAUAAUGGCGCAGGAUAUGCUUUCAUUAAGAGGAUAAAAGAGGGCAGCACCAUUGACCGGCUGAAAAACGUGUGUGUGGGUGAUCACAUCGAGGCCAUUAAUGACCAGAGCAUUGUGGGAUGUCGUCAUUAUGAAGUGGCCAAGAUGCUGAAGGAGCAGCCGCGAGGAGAGCCGUUCACUCUCAGACUGGUGGGACCCAAGAAAGCGUUUGACAUGAUUGGUCAGCGGACACGAGCACCCAAAUCCAGCGAGGGCAAAAUGGUCAGUGGGAAAGAAACUCUGCGUCUGCGCUCGAAAGGAACGGCGACUGUUCAGGAAGUGCCCAGUGAGUUUGAGGAAAAGGCCAUUAAGAAGGUUGAUGAUCUUCUGGAGAGCUACAUGGGCAUACGGGAUCCUGAACUUGCAACCACAAUUGUAGAAGCCGCCAAAGACAAGCAAAAUCCAGAUGAUUUCGCCGAGGCUCUAGACUCUGUCCUGGGGGAUUUCGCCUUCCCUGACGUCUUUCUGUUUGACAUCUGGGGGGCUCUAGGGGAUGUAAAAAAUGGCAGAGUUUAGGCCAAUUUUUCAACCUGGCUGUGUCUCCCGGUAUUCUUACACUGAGACUUACACUGAGUAUUAUCACAGUAUUCUCCUAUCAGAUGUAACUGCUUUUUUUUUUUUUUCAAACCUUGGUUGCAACUGCCUGUCCAUAAUUCAACAAGAGAUUUAGAGAUGUCACUUCAGUUUCACAUGUUUAUUAUUAAACUCUGACAGUCCUGAACUCACAGCAUAAACUGCAGAACUAACACUGCCCCGGCAAACCCCUGAGUGCAAAGACCAGAAGUAUACAGUGUCAUUAAACCCGUUUUUUGAAGCAAAAAAAUGUCAGAAGACCUCAUAUAUGAACCAGUGACUGGGGAAAACAGUGACUGUGAGAUUCUAAAAAACUUAUACAAGUUUGGUAUUGAAUGUUUGCUACUUUAUCAGAGGUUCAAAUUUUAAUUGAUUUGUUAAGCCAUGUUUAAAAUCAAUUGAUAAUUAUAAUAAAACACAACUAUCUCAAAACAUUGUUGGUGCAACUCACAUUUACAUUUGAAAAUAUACACUAUCCUUGUGACGUUACAAAACCGUUUACUGGAAAGUGAGAUCACAAAAGCUUAACGAUCUCAUUUGAAGGUAUAUACUGUAUGAAAAAGAUUUUGGUGAGAUUAAUAUAUCCUGGCUCAACUACAUUUGGGCAAAGUGUAAGCUUGAGUUUCAGUGAAAUAUUAAUUUAAUAUUUAAUGAUCAGCAAAUGUACACAAUGUAUUCAGAGUAAAACACUGAAUGCUUGAAAAACAAAACCCAUUAUUUAAAGUUCAGCAUCUGGAAGUGUUUUUCAGACCUGCAUGGAAGUGAAUAUUACUCAAUGGCUUUUCUGAACACAUCUUUGAGUCACAACAUGAUGUGCAAUUCAGUUACUGUUUAUCACUAUUUGCCUUGAAAGAGUACUGGCUGAUGACCAGGGAUGGGAAAAAUCCACAGGAUCUGUAUCCAUUUAUACUGUUUGAACACUGUGUUUGAGUCUGUCCAUGUAAAGGUCACUUCAUUAUAUCCCAUAAAAGACCAGGUUGCUUUAUAACCACAGCUGUAUGGGAGCUGAACUGAAUUGGCAAGACUUGACAUGAAUACUCUUCAGUUUGAUCUUUGGGCCUAUUAUGUCUCUCAUGCUACCUAACGUUUGCUUACAAAUGAAGGUCUUCUUUUCAUGUGCGGAUAUUUUAUGUAUUGUGUAUAUAUGAAAUAUGACAUGAAUUACUGCAGUAAUGUUUGUCUGCAUUAAAGACUCGUAGUAGCACAUAGAGGCCUGGACUUCUGCACAUGUUUUAAAGGGGAACAGUCACAUAUGGUUAUUUUAAGGAGUGGAAUGGACUACUCAGAGCUUAAAAAAAAGCAGCCAUGAUACAUACCAUUAAAGCCAUUUUACUGAAAUUGGUCAUCGGACUUAACUCCCAAGAAGAAAUAAAUGUCAUGUCAUACAUAGUGGCAUAUUAACUUGCUAAUUGUAUAAAAAGUGGUCAUACAAACCUGAAAUAUAGAUUGUAGUUGUUAUAGCUGUCUGUGUUCACAGUGGUAUAGGGGUGUAACACAGUGUAACUAUCUGUAUUUAUAUCUGUUUUGUGCUCCAAAUAUCCAUAUCAGAUUUAAACCGUAGAUGUGUGUGUCAGUUCCUCAACCUCACCAUGACUCCAGCUCAAAACUGGUCUCAACUUGAGAUAACUUUUUAACAAUUAUUAUUAUUUUUUAAUUCAGCUCACACAGUUAUUAUUUUUGUAUGCAGUACACAUAUGAGAAUUACCUUACACAGUUUCACUGUUAUGAUAUCCCUGGAAAUUUCCCACACAGUAACACUGCAUAAUUAUGUGGGGCUUAGGAUGAAUAGUAUGCAAGUACAUCCAAAGAAAUCUAUCUAUUUCAAAAUGUCAUAUGAUUUUUUAAAAUUUUCCUCAGAAUUGGUGCAGUUGGACUUGAUCACAUCACUGUUUGACUGAGUGACUGUUCCACUUUAAAUGUAAUGUGGAUUAUGGACACUGCAUCUUGAACAUCACCUUAGUUUCUAUGCCAUUUAUUUAUCACAAACAAAUUGUGUGGAUUUGUCUUAUCAUGUUUUAUUUAUACACUGUAUAGAUAUCUUGUACUAUUUUCAAAGUGAAGACCUGAAAAUGUACAGCAUCUUGGAAGUUAUGUCACUAAGUUACCAAUAAA